AUGACGGCAGCCAACGCAACGGACAUCCUCGAGACGCUGCGGCAAGCGCAGGCCGAUGACGAGCUCACCAUCAUCAAGCUCAGCGAACCAAUCACCAGCCACACGCCGCCAGCGCAAGACUCGCGGCAGCGCGCCUCGGAUGCCUCCAACGCAUCGCUCGACGGGCCCACGCCGGCCGGCCUCGAGGCCGACCUCGCGCACUACGCCGAGCUCUUUGCCAAGCUGCGCUUCUCCUACGUCGAGCAGGUGACCAAGGAAAAGUUUAUCCGCGCCAUCGUCGGCGACCCGCCCUUGAUUGUCUCGAUGCAGGAGAACCUGGACCUGGAGAAGGAGAAUGGCGAGGCCAAGGCGCAGCUCAAGUCGCUCAAGCUCGAGGUCGCCGACAUGGCCGCAGAGCUCGAGAAAAUGGGGAGGGAGCUGAGCCGGCGGUACGAAAGGGUCCGGAUGGAGACGACGCAGCUAGCGGAGCUGCCCGGCAAGGUGGAAGAGCUCGAGACGCAGGUGGCGGCGCUCCGGACCGCGCAGGACGUAUCCGGGUUGAACCCCAACCUCAACCUGCCUCUGACCAAGACGCUCGACCUGGUCGCCAAACGCAAGGCCGAACAGCAAGAGCUCGCGCGGGAACUGGAAGCCCUGCAGGCUAAGGCGCCCCGAAAGGCCAAGGAGGCAGACCGGCUACGGGCAGAGCUACAGCCGCUCGAGUCGAGGCUACAGCACAGCGCGGCGGCAGCGCGCGAAGCACAGAGAAGAAAGGAGGCGGCACUGGGAGGCGUGGCCGAUGAUCUGGAGCAGCGGGCGCGGUGGUGGAGGGCCAGCGAGGGCGUGCUGAGGCAGGUGUUGGAUAUCCAGAACUGA